AUGGACGACCUCUUGAACCUCGAGCUUCUUUCGCUCGUUUCAAAGGUGACGUCUGAGCUGCAGAACCAUUUGGGCGUCUCCGACAAAACCCUCGCCGAGUUCAUCAUCGCCCAGCGGGUCGACGCCGACGACUACGAUGGUUUCCAGAAGAAACUCGCCGCCAUGGGCGCCGACUUCCCCCCGAGUCUGGUUGACAGUGUCGAUCGCCUCGUCUUGACCAUGCACCCGAAGAUGAAGGGUAAGGCGCAGAAGACCGGCGGCGACAAUGGCAGCAACGAGGACCGUCACCACCGGAGCGCAGCCGAGAAGGAGCAGAUCUUUAGGGGCCUCGCCGUGCCGGACAAGCCGGUGGCAUACGACAAUAUUGGAGACGGCAUCGACGCCAUCGAUGACACCCUGGCCUUGCUCGAGGGGCUGGAGGGCAAGGCGCGAAGAGACAACCGAGACACGCGCAAGCGCAGUCGCAGUCCAGACGACGGUCGCGAAUCGCGGCGGAAACGGAGAGGCCGGUCGAAGUCGAGGGAGCGGAAUAAACGAGACAAAUACCGGUCGCGGUCUCGGUCACACGACGAUUACGAAAAUGGGCCCUCGCUGAAACAGAAGAGCAGGCGGCGCAACUACGACGACGAGGACGACGGCCGUUUCAGGAGGGCACCCGAGCCCGAGGUCGACGACGCACCACAGCUGCACAAGAUAUACGGUGGACACGUCACGGGCAUCAAGGAUUUCGGCGCCUUUGUCAACAUACACGGCGUUCGCGGCAAGGUCGACGGAUUGGUUCACAUUUCGAGGCUGGUCGACGGUCAGCGGGUCAACCAUCCUUCUGACUUGCUGACCAAAGGCCAGGAGGUCUGGGUAAAGGUUGUCAGCAUGGAAGGCAACAGGAUAGGCCUGUCCAUGAAAGAGGUAGACCAAGAGACCGGUCUGGAUCUUCACCCAGAGGUCAGAAUAUCGUCCGGCGCGAACAUGGAAGAGCUGGGCGGCCGUGGUCGUAACGGGAACAUGUUUGACGAGUCGCCGAUGCCGCCGCCGCAACACCAGCCUCGCCGGCAAAAGAAGCGCAUGACCUCGCCCGAGAGGUGGGAGAUCCGACAGCUGAUUGCAUCCGGCGUUGCCAAGGCCUCCGACUACCCCGACCUGGAAGAGGACUACAACGCGACUCUGAGAGGCGACGGCGAGCUGGAGCUGGAACAGGAGGUCGACAUCGAGGUCCGAGAAGAAGAGCCGCCGUUCCUGGCAGGCCAGACGAAGCAGUCAUUAGAGCUGUCGCCUAUCCGCGUCGUCAAAGCACCAGACGGCUCAAUGAACCGAGCUGCCAUGUCCGGCACCUCACUCGCCAAGGAGAGGAAGGAGCUCAAGCAGCAAGAGGCAGAGGCUGCGGCGGCCGACGACUCCAAAGUCGACCUUUCUGCUCAGUGGAACGACCCGAUGGCGGACCCGGACAAGCGCAAGUUCGCCAGCGAUAUGCGGAAUGCCAGAUCGCAGAUGGCGCAGAACAAGCCCGAUGCCGUCCCGGAAUGGAAGCGAGCGGUGGCACCCAAAGACCAGGCCUUUGGUAGGCGGACAAACAUGAGCAUCAAGGAACAGCGGGAGUCGCUGCCUGUAUACGCCUUCCGACAAAAGUUCCUGGAUGCCGUCAGGGAACACCAAGUCAUGGUGGUUAUCGGAGAGACCGGCUCCGGCAAGACGACGCAGCUGACGCAGUAUCUGGCCGAGGACGGUUUCGCAAACGACGGAGUCAUUGGCUGCACGCAGCCCCGACGCGUGGCCGCCAUGUCCGUUGCGAAGCGUGUGGCUGAGGAGGUUGGCACCCCGCUGGGUGAGGCAGUCGGCUACACGAUCCGUUUCGAGGAUAAGACGAGCCCGGCAACCAAGAUCAAGUACAUGACGGACGGUAUGCUUCAGCGAGAGAUUUUGGUGGACCCAGAUCUGAGACGGUACUCGGUCAUCAUGCUCGACGAGGCCCACGAGCGUACCAUCUCGACCGACGUCUUGUUCGCGCUGUUGAAGAAGACGAUGAAGCGGCGUAAGGACUUGAAGGUCAUUGCGACAUCGGCGACCCUGGACGCCGACAAGUUCUCGUCGUACUUUGACGGGUGCCCCAUCUUCACCAUCCCAGGUCGAACUUUCCCCGUUGAGAUCCUCUACUCUCGCGAGCCCGAGUCCGACUAUCUCGACGCCGCGCUGGUCACGGUCAUGCAGAUCCAUCUCACCGAGCCGCCCGGUGACAUUCUGCUCUUUUUAACGGGACAGGAAGAAAUCGACACGUCGUGCGAGAUCCUGUACGAGCGCAUGAAAGCGCUCGGACCGAACGUGCCGGAGCUCAUCAUCCUGCCGGUGUACUCUGCACUCCCCAACGAGAUGCAGAGUCGCAUCUUCGACCCUGCACCCCCUGGCUGCCGAAAGGUGGUCAUCGCCACCAACAUUGCCGAGACCUCCAUCACCAUCGACAACAUCUACUUCGUCGUCGAUCCCGGGUUCGUCAAGCAGAACGCCUACGACCCGAAGCUGGGUAUGGACUCCCUGGUCGUCACCCCCAUCUCGCAAGCGCAGGCCAACCAGCGUGCCGGCCGCGCCGGGCGUACAGGGCCCGGAAAAUGCUUCCGCCUCUACACGGAAGCCGCCUACCAGUCGGAAAUGCUGCCGACGACGAUUCCCGAGAUUCAACGACAGAACUUGUCGCACGUCAUUCUCAUGCUAAAGGCGAUGGGCAUCAACGACCUGCUGCACUUCGACUUCAUGGACCCCCCUCCCAUCAACACCAUGCUCACGGCGCUGGAGGAGCUCUACGCCCUCAGUGCGUUGGACGACGAGGGUCUGCUGACCCGCCUGGGAAGGAAGAUGGCGGAUUUCCCGAUGGAGCCGUCGCUGGCCAAGGUGCUCAUCAUUUCGGUCGACAUGAAGUGCUCGGCCGAGAUGCUCAUCAUCGUGGCGAUGCUGAACCUCCCCAACGUCUUCUACCGGCCCAAGGAGAAGCAGUCGCAGGCGGACCAGAAGAAGGCCAAGUUCCACGACCCGCACGGCGACCACCUCACGCUGCUCAACGUGUACAACUCGUGGAAGCAGAGCAGCUACUCGAGCCCGUGGUGCUUUGAGAACUUCAUCCAGGCGCGGUCGAUGAAGCGGGCCAAGGACGUGCACGACCAGCUCGUCAAGAUCAUGGAGCGGUACCGGCACCCGAUCGUCAGCUGCGGGCGGCACACGCAGAUCGUGCGGCAGGCGCUCUGCUCGGGCUUCUUCCGCAACGCGGCGCGCAAGGACCCGCAGGAGGGCUACAAGACGCUCAUCGAGGGCACGCCGGUGUACCUGCACCCGAGCUCGGCGCUGUUCGGCAAGCAGGCCGAGUGGGUCAUCUACCACACGCUGGUGCUGACGACCAAGGAGUACAUGCACUGCACGACGAGCAUCGAGCCCAAGUGGCUGGUGGACGCGGCGCCGACCUUCUUCAAGGUGGCGCCGACGGACCGGCUGUCGAAGCGGAAGAAGGCCGAGAGGAUCCAACCGCUGCACAACAAGUACGCGGGCGAGGACGACUGGAGGCUCAGCGCCCAGAGGAAGGGCGGUCGUGGUGGAGGCGGUGGCGGCACAUGGGGCUGA